GGAUCAUUUUAAGGGCCACAGACAAUUUCUCUGAUUCCAAUGAAAUUGGACAUGGUGGCUUUGGUAAAGUCUAUAAGGGACUGUUACAUGACGACGGGGAAGAGAUCGCAGUGAAGAAGCUAUUGGAGACCUCAACACAAGGCAUCUCUGAAUUUCAGAACGAAGUUAAGAUAAUUGCAAGCCUUCAACACAUUAACCUUGUUCGCCUCCUUGGUUGGAGUACGUACAAUGACGAGAAGGUGCUGAUUUACGAGUAGUUGGAAAACGGAAGCCUUGAAGACCAUCUAUUUGGUGGAACCCAAAGCUCUACACUUAAUUGGCAGACAAGAUUUGGGAUUAUUAAUGGCAUUGCUUGAGGACUUGAAUAUAUACAAGAGGAAUCACGGGUUAAAAUUGUACACAGAGACCUUAAGCCAGCCAAUAUUUUGCUUGAUAGAGAUAUGGUCCCUAAGAUUUCAGAUUUCGGUUUAGCACGAAUCUGCAUAAAGAACGAGGAUGAAGCUCUUACCACUGCGUCGCCUGGAACUUAUGGCUACAUGUCUCCAGAAUACGCGGGAGAGGGUAAAUACUCGAAGAAAUCGGAUGUGUACAGCUUCGGAGUAAUUGUGCUUGAGAUUGUAAGCGGCAAGAAGAACAGGACGUUCUCCCUGUCGGACCCCAACUGUGCUAAUCUCCUCAGCCAUGUCUGGAUAAACUGGAUGAAUGGAAGUUGGGAAAAGAUUGUCGAUGAAAUCAUAUUACAUGAUUCAUCACAGUCUCGGCAAAUCCUAAGGUGCAUUGAGAUUGGUCUCCUAUGCGUCCAAAAACUCGUCCAGGAUAGACCAAAGAUGUCAUCCGUGGUAAUGAUGUUAGGAAACGAAACAAGUCAAAUUCCCAAGUCUAAAACACCCGGUUUUUACAUUGGAAAGAGUCCGGACGACCCUUCGUCUAGUACUCCUGAACCUUCUUGCUCAGUUAACCAGUGCACGGUUACCAACAUCUCACCCCGCUAAAUUAGCCCAGCGGUUAGAUGAAUGGUUACUACAGUAUUUUAUUUCCUUUGAUUAGUAUUUUGAUUUUGUCUGAGAAUAAGUUUCGUUCGACUACUUACU